CAGAGCAGAAUGAUGAAUUUUGUUCCAAAGCUUGUAGUACUAUCAGCAGUAUUGGUUUUAGUAAAAACUGAUUUUCCUUUAGAUGUUGAGGAACCUCUUUUUUUGAGUAGUGCUGCUGAUGAAAAAUAUCGUAUUCCUGAAGAUCUCGACCCUAUACACUUUGAUAUUGAAAUAACUCCUUAUUUUGAAGCUAAAGAUGGCCGAGAAGCGUUUACAUUUGAUGGAAUUGUUACGUUAACUGUUAGGGCAGUUAAAGAUAACAUCAGUACAUUGGUACUUCAAGAAAACGUAAAAGACAUAAGUUCAGUUGUUAUUACUGAUGAUGCUGGUGAGGAAUUACCCCUGAAUGAAGAUAAUGGAUCGAAAGGAUUUGCGAGAAUUCGUGAAUAUCACUUCCUCGAAAUUUACUUGAAAGAAGGAUCUUCGUUGGUCAAAUCAAGAAACUAUAUUGUGACAAUCAAAUAUGUGGGUAAUAUCAAUGAAACGCCGCUGUCCAGAGGUGUAUUCAGAGGAAGCUAUAAAGAUGAAAACGGAAAACUUCAUUGGUACGCCGGCUCACAUUUGCAACCCACAAAUUCAAGGCAAGCAUUCCCUUGCUUUGAUGAACCAGGAUUCAAAUCAACAUUUAACAUCAUUAUUAACCGCCCAGAACAUUUCACUGAAACAUUCUCGAACAUGAAGAUAAAAAAUAAUAACACGAAAGUGGGCGAUCGUAUUCGAGAAGUAUUUUAUACAACACCAAGAAUGUCUGCAUAUUUGGUAACUUUCCACAUCAGUGAACAAUUUGAAGUAAUUGCUGAAAACAAUGACCCCAUCGCACCAUACCGUAUUAUUGGACGACCAAAUGCAAAAGGUCAAGGGGCUUACGCCUUGGAAGUUGGGCCACCCUUAACGAAAUGGCUGGGAAACUAUUUUGGAAUUGAUUACUAUACAAUGGGUGACACAAUGACUGAAGUCAUGAAAAAUGAUCAGAUUGCAUCUCCAGAUUGGGCGUCUGGUGCUACAGAAAAUUGGGGGCUUGUUUCAUAUAGGGAGCUGCGUCUCCUCUACGAAGAAGGGGAAACGAAUGCUCUGGAUAAAAUGAACAUCGGCACUAUCACAGCGCAUGAGCUAGCUCACAAAUGGUUCGGCAACCUCAUCACAUGUAGAUGGUGGGACAACGUGUGGAUCAAUGAGGGCUUUGCUAGUUACUUCGAGUACUUUGCUAUGGAUGGUAUUGAUUCAUCUACGGAAUUGAGUAGCCAGUUCAACAUCUUAGCAUUACAAGGGGCUCUGUCAACUGAUUCCUCAGCAUCCACGAGGGCCCUCGAGCACACGGUCAACUCCCCGGCUCAGGUGACCGGGCACUUCAGUGGUAUCAGCUACACUAAGGGAGCAUCUUUCCUCGUCAUGUUGAAACAUUUUGUUGGAGAAGAAACGUUCAAAAAGGCCUUGAAUUAUUUCCUAUUGGACAGAGCGUACGAGCAUGCCUAUCCGUCGCAUUUAUUCAGUUCCUUCGGCAAAGCGGUACAAGAAGAUAAUGCUAUAAAUAGCUUUUUGAAUAUAGCCGAAAUUAUGAGAUACUGGGUCGAGCAACCGGGAUACCCGGUGAUCAAAGUCAAUGUUAAUACGAACACAGGUGUCAUGACUGUAACUCAGGAGCGUUUCUUCAUCAGUGCCUCAUCGAAUAAGACUGAACAAGUGUGGCCCUUACCUCUUACAUACACCACUGGCAGAAAUCCCAAUUGGGACAACCUGACUCCAAGCAUCGUGAUGAUCAACAGGACUAUAGAAAUACUAAAGGAACCGGGAAACGAAUGGGUUAUAUUUAACGUACAGCAAAAAGGUUUUUACCGUGUAAACUACGACCCUCGCACUUGGGAAAUGAUCGCCGAUGCUCUCAAAAGCAGCUCCUCUUCUAGUUCGAUGAAUAUGACGACUAUUCACCGAUUGAACAGAGCACAAAUAGUUGACGACGUGUUUGCCUUGAUGAGAUCUGAACGCAUCACUUUUGAACUUGGCUUCAAGAUUCUAGACUUCUUGAAAGACGAGAUCGACUAUUACUCCUGGUAUCCAGCUAUUACUGGUUUCAGCUGGAUUAGAAACCGAUUCCUGCAUUUGCCAGGGACUUUGAAAGAAUUCGAUGAAAUCCUGUUCAGCUUCCUCAAAACUGUCAUCGCCGACUUGACCUACGAUGUUAAAACCGACGAACCUUUAACGAGAACCCUCAACAGAUUCUUCAUCCUCAACUUUGCAUGCAGUAUCGGACACGAAGGAUGCAUCAGCGAUUCUAUCGCCAAAUACAGAACUUUGAUGACGAACGGAGCGAGCGUCAACCCUAACCUGAGAAGGCACGUGUUCUGCCAGGGUGUUCUCAAUGGUGGUUUAAGCGAGUGGCAGUUCCUUAAUCAGCGGAGACUAAACUCCAACAAUCAGGCUGACCAGGUCGCCAUGCUCCGGUCUCUUGGUUGCACAACUAACGAACAAGCUGUAGAAGCGUACCUCCAAAUGAUUCUAAGUGACGAUCUCAAGGCUCAAGAUAGCGUCAACGCCUUUACCUUCCUCUACAUUGGCAGCAGAAGUAACACGAAAGCUGCCUUACAAUUCAUUAAAGAUAGACUUGAAGAAGUCAGAAGAAAAGUCGUCCUUCCAGCAUGGUUUGGAAGUGUUUUAAGUAAUUUGGCGAGCUAUGCUCCUGAAGAGGUUCUUAAAGACAUGGAGCAAUGGCUGCAAUCGGACGUGUCUAUACCAAGCAGACAAGUCGGUUUGGAUGCUAUAGGCAGUGCUAGGACCAGCAUGCAAUGGGGAACUGACCGGGCUGAAUCUAUUCUGAAGGCUGCGAGAGGUUCUGCUAUUGUUAAUACUCAAGCAUCCAUGCUGUUGUUAAUUGUUACAUCUUUUGCUUUAAUAUUUAGAUAAUAAUAACAUUUAAAUUGAGUAGGUUUCAAUGUGAAUCUGCUUUUUCAAUAACUCUACAUCUGUUUGUUAACUGUUACUUAUCUGAGGUAUUAUACUAUUAGCAGCAUACUAUUAAUUAAAACUCCAUGUAUCUAAGCUUUGUAUCUCAUUAUUGUUUUCAAUAAAAGCCUACUUUUUAA